AAGAAUAGGAACAUGAGGUGGUGCGGGAGUCCGGCGCUCGGGGCUGCGGGUCCUGGAGAUUGUGCAGGGUCUCCGACGCCAUGUUCGGCUCCAGCCGCGGCGGCGUGCGUGGCGGGCAGGACCAGUUCAACUGGGAGGACGUGAAGACCGACAAGCAGAGGGAGAACUACCUAGGCAACUCGCUGAUGGCGCCAGUGGGCCGCUGGCAGAAGGGCCGCGACCUCACCUGGUACGCGAAGGACCGUGCGCCGUGCGCCGGCCCGAGCCGUGAGGAAGAGCUGGCGGCUGUGCGCGAGGCGGAGCGCGAGGCGCUGCUGGCCGCACUCGGUUAUAAGAACGUGAGGAAACAGCCCACCGGCCUGAGCAAGGAGGACUUCGUGGAGAUCUGCAAACGGGAAGGAGGCGACCCUGAGGAGAAGGGCGUGGACCGGCUGCUGGGCCUGGGCAGUGCCAGUGGCUCCGCAGGCCGUGUGGCACUAUCCCGGGAAGACAAAGAGGCUGCCAAGCUUGGGCUGUCAGUGUUCACGCACCACCGCGUGGACAGCGAAGGCCCAAGCACAGCCCCAUCUGCUGCCAGAAAGAAGCCCCGUGCUGAGGACAAGGCCGAAUUGGAUACAGAGAGCUCUAAGAAAAGUAAGAAAGAAAAGAAACACAAGAAGAAGAAACACAAGAAACACAAGAAGAAGAAAGACAAAGAAUACAAAAGGGAGACUGACAGCUGCCCAUCAUCUCCCUCCCCUGCUCGGCCCAGACACCAGAGACAUGAUUCUGACUUCUCCCCCUGCUCUAAGAGGAAGCGGGGACAUAGCCAGGACAGUGGAAGGAGCCCAUCCCGCAAACGACAAGACAGAGGCUUUGAUGACUGAGAAUGUGGCUAGACCAAAGGACACCAGAAGCCCUGGUUGCCCUGAGCUGAGACCCUGCCCACCACCAAGCUUUGUGGGGUCUAUAAAGAGUAGUCACUGGAUGCCAAGUGACUACCAGCCCCCUCCCUACUUGCUCAAACUAACCAUCCCAUCCCUGUCUGGGAUAAUGCAGGUGGUAGGAUUCUGAACCAAGCUUGUUGGACCUUGGGAUCUAUUUCGCCAUUUGGAGGCAACUUAUGUGGCAACCACUCCAGGCAGCUGAGGAAUGGGGUCCUAGGUGACCAGAGACUAGUGGUUCUGUGAAGGUAGUGCCCUUGUCUUGCCCCCAUGCCAAGGAAGAUAUAGUUGCCCAGAAGCCUAAGGCCAGACUCCUGUUUCUGCUGCCACAGUACAGGCCCUUGAGGUUUAGGGGUGUGUGUGUGUAUGGAUAUCUGGUUACUUCUACUUUUUGUAUCAACCCACUUUGUACGUAAGUAAAUGUAUUUUAAAAGUAAAA